AAUCAAAAUGGCAGAUACGCACGCCGGAGCACGCUUGAGGCUGGCGCUCCCACUGUCACGUGACAGCUAAGCCCCGAUGCACUGUGUGUGCCGCCCGUAGCGCAAUUCAAGGAUAACCCUGCCUCCUCCUCUCUCCCUCUGUCUCCCGGUCGCGGUGGCAGCGGGAAGGGGAUGAACCCAUGUCGCAAGUGUCGGGCUCCCCCGCUGCCCCGGCGGCCGGCGGGAAGGAGAAGAAAAAGGCUUCCCUGGGGAAGAAGCUGUUCUGGCGGCGCGGUGGCUUAGUGAGCCGCUUCUUACGGACCCUCAGCGCUUUAUCUCACCUGAACAGCGAGCAUGAUCAUACCGAGCCCUCCCGGGACAAAGCCGGCUCCCCUGCCCGCGUGGAACCGCCCUCCGCGCCCCUCCUACAGCAGCAACAGCAGAACGAGCGGAGCCGACCCCCCAGCCCUCUGCUCCCCGGACUGUCGGGCCUCAGGAACCACGGGAACACCUGCUUCAUGAACGCCGUGCUGCAAUGUCUCAGCAACACCGACCUGUUCGCUGAGUUCCUGGGCCUGGAGCAAUACAAGGAGGCGGCCGACUCCCCUCCCAACAGCCCCGGCGGAGCUCAGGAUCGCGGGGAGGUGACGGAACAACUGGCCAAGCUUCUGCGCUCCCUCUGGACCCUGGAGUACACCCCGCAGCACAGCCGCCAGUUCAAGGCAAUUGUGUCCAGGAACGCUCUUCAGUAUCAGGGAACCUCCCAGCAUGACGCACAAGAGUUUCUUCUUUGGCUGCUAGACCGCGUGCACGAGGACCUGAACGUAGUGGUCAAACACAAACCUCGGCCCCCUCUGGAAGAGGAUCUGACCGGAGAAGGCCCUCCAUUCCUAUCCAGUGGGACCUUUGUUCAAGAGCUUUUCCAAGCUCAGUACAGGUCUUCCUUGACGUGCCCUCAUUGUCAGAAACAGAGUAACACCUUUGACCCUUUCCUCUGCAUUUCUCUGCCCAUCCCCUUGCCCCACACACGGCCUUUAUAUGUGACAGUGGCUUACCAGGGGAAGUGCUCCCACUGCAUGCGUAUCGGUGUUGCCAUCCCUUUAUCCGGCAAUGUGGGACGGUUAAGGGAAGCCGUAUCACAGGAAACCAAGAUUCCAUUCGAUCAGAUAGUAAUCACCGAAAUGUAUUUCGAUGGGUUCCACCGCUCGUUCUUUGACACAGACGAUUUAGAUACCAUCCAAGAAAGUGACUGCUUAUUUGCCUUUGAGACCCCAGAAGGAAUUUUAAGCCAGAGAGCAAUCUGUGUAAAUAACAACCAAAACUACGUAAGACACGGGACGGAUCAACACAGGCUUUACUCUUCUGGCUCAGUGCGGAAUCCAGCAAAUCGCUGCUCAACCAGUGAUCGAAUAGUGCUGCUUGUGUGUAACAGAGCUUACAGCGGGCAGCAUGGCAAGAGAUUUGGGCAGCCGUUUGUUUUGAACCUUGAGAGGAACAUCACAUGGGACGUACUUCAAAAGGAGAUCCUGGAAAAGAUGCAGUAUUACCUGCGCCCUGCAGCUUGUGUUCAGGUUUGUCCGUUCAGCCUCCGUGUGGUUACCGCUGUAGGGAUUACAUACCUCUUACCUCAGGAAGAAAAACCUCUGUGUCACCCCACGGUGGAAAGGGCUUUAAAAUCCUGUGGUCCUGGUGGAGCAGCUCAUGUGAAGUUGGUGGUGGAAUGGGACCGAGAAACUAAAGAAUAUCUUUUUGGCAACGCGGAGGAGGAAUAUGUGCCAGAUGCGGAGAGUGUGCGACUGCAGCGCGAGAUACAUCACCAGCCUCAGUGCUGCACUCUUGCCCAGUGCAUUCAUCUCUACACCAAAGAGGAGCAGCUGGCUCCUGGUAAUGCCUGGCGCUGCCCUCACUGUAAACAGCUUCAACAGGGCAGCAUUAAACUCAGCCUGUGGACCCUGCCCGAUGUGCUUAUCCUGCAUUUGAAGAGAUUCCGACAGGAUGGUGAUCGGAGGUUAAAACUGCAGAACAUGGUCUGUUUCCCACUCACUGGAUUGGAUAUGACCCCCCAUGUGGUAAAGCGCAGUCAGAGCUCCUGGAGCCUACCUACUCAUUGGUCUCCAUGGAGGCGGCCUUAUAGUUUGGGCCGGGACCCAGAAGAUUUCAUCUAUGAUCUGUACGCAGUGUGCAAUCACCAUGGGACAAUGCAAGGGGGCCACUAUACAGCUUACUGUAAGAACUCUGUAGAUGGCUUGUGGUAUUGCUUUGAUGAUAGCGACGUUCAGCCCUUGGCAGAAGAUGAUGUGUGUGCUCCUACUGCUUACAUCUUGUUCUAUCAGCGCCGGGCAGCCGUCCCAUCAUGGUCGGCAAAUAGCUCUGUUGCAGGUUCUACCAGCUCGUCCCUUUGUGAUCACUGGGUUUCCCGUCUCCCUGGAAGCAGACAGCCCAGUAUAGCUUCUGCGGCCUCAUCUAGGCGCACGUCUCUUGCAUCACUGACCGAAUCCGUGGAACUGACAGGGGAGCGAAGUGAGGAUGAUGGUGGCUUUUCCUCUCGUCCGUUUGUUCGCAGUGUGCAGAGGCAGAGCAUGUCUUGUCGUUCCUCUGUUACCAGCCCCCUUGUUGCAAAUGAGAAUGGAUUCCGGCCAUCUUGGUCCCUGUCUGCAAAACUUCAUCUAAGGGCAGCCACUUCCUGCCGUCAUCCCUCUGACUCUCCCGUCCUUGGAUCGUCCCUCAGCAAGAUCGGGGAGGCAGAUGACAGCGUGUCAACCUCUUGUUUUGGAAGCCUUCGAAAUCUGUCAGGUAGUUUCCAUGAUCACUUUGAGGGUGGAAGGCGAGAGCAUCGAGUACCUGGCCGUGCACCACUUGCAGUAGCAGAAAGCGGAUCACCUGCAGAGACGGUGCCCAAAAAAUCAGCUCCUUCUGAUUCUUUUGGCAAGAGUGCAGCAGAGCUUGUGAGUCAGAACCCACUGCUGGAUCCUCUAGACAAUAAUAACCAUAUUGCCUUUGUGGAUCAGAGUGAUUCUGUCUGCUCCUCCCCAGUUAGGGAGAGCCCCCAGAGUGAUGAAAUGCUAGGUAAAAAGACUGUAGCCAAUAAGAUAACAGAGCAAGAAAAAUUACCACUGGAAACAGAGAAGGCGCAACCAACCACGGGCACGUGUGUUACUAAUGGAAAGCAUGUGCCUAAGACCAAAAAGAGUGAAGUAAAAACACCUGUACGUCGUGCAACAACACAGCCCCGGAAGGAGACUGGUAGAGCACAGGACUCCCCUCUAUCGCCUUCUCAGCAAAGGCAAAAAUCUAUAAAUUCCACAAAUAGUAGCUCCCCAGCCCCUAAAAAACCGACCCCAUCUAGCAGAACCUCUUCAAUGUCGUCAUCUACAAGUAAACAUCGGCUACCAGAAAAGACUCUUAGCCGAGAAGGGUCCAAAGUAAGUCUGGGCUCAGACAAAGCCGGUGCAUCAAAAGCCAGUAGCACUUCUCAGCCUGCACCUCCCAAGGCCACCGAGAGUGCUGCAGAAAGUCGCACUAUUCGGAGUUCUUCUAUGGCCAGCCUCCGCACCCCUCAGAGUGCAACCCGAUCCAGUCUAAAGAGGGACAGCAAAUCUGAGGAAAAAGGACUGAGCUUCUUUAAGUCUGCUUUGAGGCAGAGGGACAGCAGGCGUUCAGCAGAUUUGGGAAAAACAAGCCUUUUAUCAAAGAAGGCCACAGGAACAAAAAGCUCAGGUCAGGAGAAGCCUGAGAGUGCUCCGCCCUCAAAGGCCACUGAGGUGGCUCCAAGUCCAAAAAAACAUUCUGCCUUACCUGCACACAAAACCAAGUCUUCCCCCAAUGAAAAACCAGUUCAGCCAUCUCCCUCUGGGAAAAAGACUGCUGAGAAGUAUCUAAAGAGGUUCCCUUCAACGGCAAAGCCAUCACCCAAAGCUCAGUGACCAUGGGUGCAGGGGCAGCUGUGUGAGCUCCUGGAAGCAAAAGGAAUGCAAAAGAGCUGUCCCUGCGAACAACUGUUGAUUGGAAUGGACACACUUUCAGUUCUCAGCCUUUUUGUACCUUUUUGGGGUUGGGUUAUUCUCCUUGUUAUUUUCUCACCUGUAAUAGCAGCAUGAACGUUACCUGUUGAUGCAUUAAACAGCAAAUCUGCUGGCUGGAGAGGGCCAAGCAAGCCACACCAGCAGAUCAGUAUAUUGUCCAGCAAGUACUUCUAAUGCGGUCAUGCCUGUGUGAGAAAGGGGAACUUUCAUUUCUCUCGCCUACUUAAAUUGCUGCUUUUAUCUUUAUUACCGUCCUUACCAAAGCCCACCCGUGUGUCUGUUAGAAAAGAAUGGCAGGGUGAGGGUUGCAUCCCCUGGCUCCAAUGGAGGAGUCACAAGUUCACAAGUCAAGUUCUAGGUAGAAAGAAAGGAGCUGCUUCUUAACACCGCCUUGGAGGCAAAUUACUAUUGAGACGUCACGUUUCCAACCAUAUCCAAUAUCUUUGUGGCACUUCCCAUCCCAGAAAAUCUCAUAACAUUUCAUCUGAAAUAUCAGUGGGGAUAGGCCUAUGUUUGUGCCAAGCGAAUUUCUCAUUGUAAUCCACUACCUGUCGUGUAAGAGGUGCUGGUCCUUGUUCUAUGAGUUAAUAACCAUCCUGCCUAUGUCCCUGAUUUAACUUAUUUGAUCAUUAGAUGCGGGAUGGCACCUUUAGCUUCUUCAGUUAAGGUUUCUGGUGCGGGAGGCAGUCUGUUAUUGAACCAGAAUCUGUCCAUAGAAUUGUCUCUCUUUAUGAGACUUGAUUAAUGCUCAAUAAUCAAAUGAAUAGCCAGCCAUAUAACAGUUGAUACAAAUCUCUCUGGAACACACACUAAGUGCAGCGCAUCACAUGCGGAUAAGGGUUACAAGGUCCUGUAGUUAAGCACACACUUUAAAGCAAUCCAGCGCUUAACCUUUCAACAUGGCAAUCUAUUUAUAUUGUUAAUUGCCUGCUUCCCGGCCUUGACAUUCUACUAUCCAUCCUUUUCCACCGCAAUUGUAUAGAAACAAUAGGCAUUAUAUUCUACCAUUCCAUGUAUCAUUAACAUUGAGAUCAUAAUAUCUUUAUUGGCUUUGAAGACGUUUUAAAUAAUAUCUGUCCUAUAAGACUUAACGACUCUUGCAUAAUUGCAGACUGGUAAGAUACACUGAGCUGUCGAUAGAAUUACGUGGUUGCCGCUCUCUCGCAUUCUUUAGCCUUUAGUAUUUCCAAUGACGUGACUUUUUGUCCUCAAAAGAGUUCAUAUUUAAUUAAGAAGUUAACAUUCCAAGACAUUUUUCAUUCUCUGCCAGACCUUUAACAAAACCACUCCGCUCGCAGCAUGCGUGCUAGUUUCAGCAUGCGCGCCUAACGACAAGAAAGAAGCAUUAUUUAGGCAUGACGACUGCCUACGAAGAAGUGGCCAAAUUUAACACAAAAAGGUAUUGGUUGUGUCUCACGGGAUCGUUUUUUU